AUGGUCAGUACUAAGGGUAUUAGUUCCACCACGAACAAGUCCCGGAAUACUUACAUUGUUCAAAACACUGUCGUGGCAGGAUCCCCGAGGGAAGACGAGUCCUCUGUCGAGCCAAAGCACUCGGACAAGGAAGUAGACACCUGCUGUUAUCAGGUCCUCACGCCGCCGGAAUGGAAAGCCCGCCUCCUGCGAGCCAUGUCGCAAAGACAAAGUCCGCGCGGCAGCACCAGUCGGUGCUUUUAUCAUCCUGCGCCUUUGACACGAGCUACGAGGCGGAGUCGGGGGUUCAUUGAGGAUCAGCAUGCUUCUACAACGUCCCAAUCCGAAUUCCAUGGGUCACCUGAGGCUUUGUCGUCUUCAGGCUCGAGGUCAGACCACUUGCUGUCAGCCGGAUACUUGGGACCGACCAGUUUUGUUUCUGUCCUGGGCGAAGGAGACGGUGCGAAUGAGCUAGUCACUGCUGCUGAUGAAAGUUCUGCGGCGUCGUCUGUUCCAGCGUGGUGGGUGAAAAGAGCUACCGAGAUCGUCGGCCAUCUCGUGGAAUUCCCUACUCUCAAGCAACUAAUACUGGAAUUCUACGGUGUCAGUCAGGCUGCCGUGAUUGCAGCACCUUUCGUCCUGAAUGCACUGUCCCAGAUGCAGGAUACCUACCAUGCCUACCAGCUGGAUCAAGGGGAGACAGAAAUUCCGGCCUUGGUUGCAACCGUCCUUGACAACACGAGGCGGAAAUUUAGUGUCCCGCCUACGGUGGACGGAGUACACUUCCACAGGCUCUACACAGGGUCUUGCCUGCGUUUGGAGAUACUUGGCGUUGUUUAUGCUCUGGCUGGUCGAGCGAGUCAAUUCGGACUGGGGCGACCGAAGAACAAGCUCCUGUCCUCACGCUUUGCGCGCAGGAUGCUCGCGGCGAGUGACACCGCACUUGAAACGUGCAAAUAUCUAUCGCCUGUGAAUGACCUUACGCUCUGGCUACUUCACGAAAAUCUUCUCUUGUCCACGUUAGUCCUCGGUCACUCGAACUUCCUGCUGGAGUCCAGACGCAGGCUAUUCGCCGCUGUCUAUCAAUUGGACAAGAGUAUUGCGACCUUCUUGGGCCGACCGCCCCGGAUCUCGUGGAGGCAUUCUGAUUGCCGUCUGCCUCUUGAUAUCAGCGAUGAGGCUCUCACUGGGAGUAGAGCGCUUGCGCAAAGAUCAGUGACGGCGGAAGGGUGGAGUUGUCAUGCUGUCUACCAGCGUUCAGCCUGGAUCCGACUGCGCUUCCUCAUCAGCACGUUCCGGGAGGAAAUCCUAGAGCUGUCCUUGACAAAUUCCAGCGAGAAUCGAGAUGGGCAAUUGAGUGUCAAGGUCAUGCUCAUUGUCUCAUACCUGGCAUUUCUCUACAAUGAGUUUCUAGUGCAGCGGCUGUUGGCUCUCAACAACACAGAAUAUAGCGCUGCAUUGGUCGAUCUUCUCCUCUACGGCUUUCCCAGCGCGAGUGUUUUACUUAGAGCCCUUCAAUUGCACGCCAGCACAAACCAGUUACCGAACCUCUAUCCUCGCGGCAUUCUCAUUCGGCACCUCAGUGUCUUCAUCUCACAUCUAGAAUCAAUGGCCGGGCCAGGCACCGCCAACAAUGCAUUUUUCAGCCGAGCGACUCGAGUAUUCUCUCGCAUCAUGGACGAAAUCCUCGCGCCCGAAGCGGUGACUACAACUGAAACCUCUGCUGUAAAUUCUGUUGAUGAUCUAGACGUCUCCAUGUUUUCUGAUUUUGAGGGAGUCGGCCUCUUGGAUACGAUGGAUUUCGCAUCCGUCCUUGAUCAAGUUUUGUAUUAG